GCACAAUCAUGUCGGUGAAUGCGAGCUCGUUCGGCCCGCUGUUCGACUUUCUGGCCGUGGCGAAGGCCAAGAUCAUUUGCGCGCAGGAGACGAGGAUCGUGGAGUCACGCCUCGGGGAGUUCCAGCACCGCGCCAAGGACCUCGGCUUCCACGGCAUGUGGGCACCAGCCUUGGCGACCAAUGCCAAGGGCCCGCAGGCCAACCACUGUGGGGUUGCAAUCCUGGCGCCCACGAAUGUGAUGAUCACGAAGCCUCCCGACGGCGACCCCAUUAUUUAUCCAGGCAGAGUGGUGGCCAGCUUUGUCAAUUGGGGAGCCCCUGGCGGGGUGAUUGUGGUCAGUGCAUACUUGGUGACAAGCAUCGGUCUGACAGGUGAGAAUCUUUCCAUACUGUGGGCCAUCGCUCAGAGAGUCGCUUUCUGGAAUGCUGCGGGCUUUGACUGGAUCUUAGCUGGUGACUGGAAUUCUGAUAUAGCAGCUCUGAAUGCGAGGGGGUGGAUUGAGUCUCUGGCUGGGUUGUCUUACACUCCACCGUCGGCCGCGUGCUGCAAGGAGGACGGCAACUCGAAGAUUGACUACUUCAUUGCGUGUGCAAAUUUGUCGGCACGUCUCGGGACAGCAGUGGUGGUGGACAUGUACGGCACCAUGCCCCCUCCGCACUACCCAGUAAGCAUUGAUCCCCUGGGCAGCGACAGGCUAGCAUGGUGUCUUGUGCCAGACGAGCCGAGGGCAUUCCCAGUUAUUCCUCCAUGUGGGUGCGCGAGGUUCCCGUACCCGUGGGAUGCUGUGGAUCAUAUUUUCUUCGAAGUGAAGGAGGUUUCAGAUCUUGCCCGAGUUUGGGGCGCUGUGCUUGAUGGAGUCGAUUUCGAGUUGGCUGGGCGCUAUGACAAGGUUGACAACGAUGCGAUUUCUUUCGUCGGGCGUUCGGGCCCUCCACGUUUCAAGUGGAAGCUGUUGGCUUGGGAACCUCCGCGCCGUCGUACUUAUCGCGGGCCAAAGGUCUAUGCGUGGGCGACGGUCAAAAGAUGGUGUCAGCAUCUCAGGUCGGAGCGUGAUCGACUGGGCAGGUUCUGUCAACGGUUACAGUUGGCUUCGGUGGUCUGCCAGCUUACGCCCCUGCAGUACGCCAAGGUGCUGCAGGCUUUCUACGAGGUGGACCAGUACUGCCGUAGGAUCGUCCGCGACAAGAAGACCUGCCACCACUUGGACCAGGACACCGUCGACUUUCUGCUGCGAGGCUUGGGCGCGAUCGGCGACGCCGGCUUCGACUCAGGUUUGGACAACAUCAUUCUGAAGGCCGACGCGGUGUUGAAGGCAGCGGGGUCGGUCUCGGAGCAGGCUUGGCGUGGCUGGGCCAAGCAGGCGUUCCUGGGAGGGGCCAGUCAGGCCCACGCUGCCUCCAAGGUGCGCGGCAAGCAGGAGCAGCUCAACUUUGACGUGGACGCCCAGCCGUACCUGCUGGCAAACCACACCCUCGACGCGUGGGAGGGCGUCUGGCGACGCCACGACUUGUCGCCCCCAGAGCUGCCGCCAGGCCAUGAGAGCUGGUCUGCUCUGCCCGAGCUCGACCACCACCAAGUGCGGGCUGCCAUUCGCAAGUUUUCGACGCGUACGGCAGCUGGGCCGAGCCGUAUUUCACCUAGAUGCCUGGACGCUCUGUCGGACCAGGCGCUCGAGCGCAUCGCCAAGAUGUUUCUGCUUUUCGAGCAGUGGCUGCCCUGGAGACCAGUCUCGGCAGCGUGGCAGGCUGGCUACCAGUGCGACCAGAUGUGGGGCACGA